AUGAUACCACAGUUUCAACAAUUACUGCCACUCGAGACUUCCUUAUCAGGAAAUUGGUUGAAUACUCAUUGUACUUCAGAAUUAUUAUCAACAACAAAUAAAUUAUUAUCGCCGCCAAUUUCCAUUACCCCAUCAUCAAUUUGUACUGAUUUAUCUGAAAGUGAAUAUCAACCAAUUGAUCUUUCAUCAUCACGUAAAUAUUCACUUUCAUCACCACCAUUAUCAAAUAUUAAAAGUGAAUCAAUUGAUUUAACUGAUUGUACAUAUUCAUAUUCUAAACAAGAAUCAACAAUGAUUAUAUCAAAUCAUGAUAAAAAUUUUUUCGAAAAAUCAAAAUCAUCUUAUAAAAUACCAAAGCAACAUUCAAAUUUCAGUAUAGAAUAUCUUUUAUCACCAUCAUUUGGAUCACCAACAUAUGAAUUUUUAAGAUUACCGUAUAAACAAGUUAAUAGUAUAUUUACAAAGAAAAAAACAAAACAUUUUUCUGAUGAUUAUCUUCAUCGAAUAAUUCAUCAUAGAAAACAACAUAAACAAGAAAAGAAAUCUUAUUUAGUUAAAUAUUCUAAUCAACCUCGAGGAAUAUUUAUUCGUUAUAUAUUUGAUUUAUAUAAUGAUUUAAUUAAUCAACAAAAUCAGAUAAAAAAUCGAAAAAAUUUUUUUACUAUUGAUGCUCUCGAACAAUUAGCUGAUAUUGCUUGUAAACUCGAUACACGUCAUAAAAAAUCUAUUUUAAAUGACAAAAUAUUAACAUCGAAAAAUUAUGAAUUAUUAUUCAAACAAUGUCAUUUAUUAAUAAAACAAAUUUAUCAAAAAUAUCAACAUAAAAAAAUUCCAAAACGUCUAUAUUAUAAUCCAAAAGCAAAUUUUAAAGAUAGAUUUCUUCAUUUUUCAUUAUCUAUUUUAAAUAUUUUACAAAUGGAAAGGAAUAUCUUAUUAUAUGGAUCAUAUCAUUCUGAUUGCCAUAUUUUAACGUCAGAUAUUCAGAAAAAUUUAAUUGAAAACAAAAGAACAAUAAACAAUAAACAAUCUAUUUGUUUCCAUUUAAAACUUGAUCAAAUUACUUCAAAUUUUGAAAUACUUAUUCCAAAUAAUGGUCUUGUAUAUGAAGCUAUUAUACAACGAAUUGAUAGUUAUGAUGAUUUACUACUUGUACGAUUACAUCAUGAAAGACAAACUUAUUUAAUACCAAUACAUGAUUUAUGUCGUUUGGCAUGUCCAAAAAUGAUACCAGGCGAUUUUAAUAUUUUAUCAAAAGGUUCACGCGUUUGUGCAUAUUGGAGUACUAGUUUACGUGGUCUUCAUCCAGCGACUGUUAAAAAAAUGCCAUUUGAAAUGGAUAAAACUUCUGUCGUAAGUCUGUUAUUUGAUGAUGGCGACACAGGAUUAAUUAAACUCGAUGAAAUACGUUUAUUACCUGAUAACUAUGAUAUUAAAGGUAUUAAUUUGGAAGAAUGGCGUGUAUCUUCCUUUCAAAUUCCCUCAAGUUUACCAACUAGUCGUCGAACUUCACGUCGUGUGUCAUCAACUGCAUCUAUUAAUAGAAAUUCUUCAACAAAAAAAGUAAAAAAAGAUAAAACCUCAUCUUCAUCUUCAGUAAUAGUUCCUCAAUGGACAUUAAACACUCGAAACUCAACGAUAUGUCGUCAUGACAAUAAACAAAUUCUUCGCAUUGGUGAUUGUAUUAUACUUCAUGGUGUUGAUAAAUCACUGUCAUACAUUGGCAAGGUGCUUAAAUUCUAUCGAAAUAAAUCAACUCAACAAGAUUUGGUCAGAUUACAAUGGUAUUAUAGUCCUCAAGAAACUACAACAGGUCUUCAUAAAAAUGAUUUACCUGGUGCUCUAUAUGAGAGUACACAUAUUGAUGAAAAUCCGAUAGCAACUAUACGAUCUAAAGGUACUAUUUAUGGAUCGUAUGACGAUUAUGUGAAGAAAACUGAUUAUGGAAAAAAGCGACAAGAAACAGAUUUUUAUCUUGUUGGUCAGUAUAAUCCGACAUCAAGUAAACUACAACGGUACAAUAAUAAAUAA